UCUUUCUCCUCCUCCUCCGCAUCAACAGCUGAUGAUGUGCAGCCUGUUAGCCGCCAACGCUACGGAACUUAGCAAGCAGCAGCUAGCGGUGCAGCGUCGUUAAAAUACGUUAGAGGAGUUAGCUCAUCGUCACGUGAACCUGCUUCUAUCGGACUUAUGUGUAACGUGUGUUGUGGAAUAUCGGCGGGUCGCGCACUCGUGCCCCUGGACUGGACUUCCCCGGCAUUUCACACACACGCUCGGUUCGCGGCUAAGUCACGUUAGCUAACUCGCGUCGUUUGACAGCAGGAGCGCCCCGCUAAUUGGCUAACUGCUAGCGCUAGCCGCUACACAACGUUGGCUACCUGUUUAAUGAAGUACUUUGGCUCACAUGCUAACACCUGUGGGUGCCCAGAACAACAGCUGGACCUGAAUCUGUCUGAUGAUGUUCAGAGCUGAUCUCAAUGCAUCACCCGACCCUGACUCUUGGUCCAUGUAACUAGCCACGCGUUAAUACUCCCCAAACAAUCCUACAUCUCUGCUUGGCAACACUAUGAUCAUUGUCAGUAACUCCAACGAGCCCACUGGGGCAAGAGUCCCCCUAAAGCAAGCCCUCCAGAUGAUAUGAUAGUAGCAGCUUGGAUCACUUUCUGUGCCUGCAGGAGCCUUGCAAAGGUUCUGCUCUUCCUUUCCUCCUCAAACUCCCUUCCCCCAUUCUGGGAGACCCUUGCCAGUGUGGUCUCCAGCACUGGAACCAUGGGUAACAGCUGUGUUUGCCGGGAGGAUAGUGACUUGGAGGACCAUCACCACGGAUCGACGAGGGUGACCAGAGGACAAGCUAGACGGGCGGAUCAUGGUACUGGUGUAGGUUCUGACGCAGGUGAGGCAAGGAGCAGUCGGCCAAGGGAUCCAGUCAGGCCCCCGCGCCGAGGACGAGGGCCACAUGAGCCACGGCGGAAGAAGCAGAACGUGGAUGGUCUGGUGCUGGACACACUGGCUGUCAUCAGAACACUUGUAGACAAUGAUCAAGAGCCGCCCUACUCCAUGAUCACUUUGCAUGAGAUGGCAGAGACAGAUGAUGGUUGGCUGGAGGUCGUCCAAUCUCUGAUUCGAGUUAUCCCAUUGGACGAUCCGCUUGGUCCUGCAGUGAUCACCCUUCUUUUGGAUGAGUGUCCCUUGCCCACCAAGGAUGCUUUGCAGAAACUCUCUGACAUGUUGAGUCUGAGUUCGGCUGUAGCACAACAGGAUGCUUUAAAUCCUGCGAAACACAGAAACACCACAGCUGUCCUGGGAUGUCUGGCAGAGAAACUGGCCGGACCAGCCAGUAUUGGACUGUUGAGCCCUGGAACCCUUGAGUAUCUUCUAGAGAGUCUGAGCUCUGAAGCCCAUCCCACUGUCAUGCUGUUUGCUCUCAUCGCUUUGGAGAAGUUCUCCCAGACCAGUGAGAACAAACUGACAGUGUCCGAGUCUUGUAUCAGUAAUCGCCUUUCUGUCCUGGAGUCAUGGGCAGAACAACCCGACUACUUGAAGAGGCAGGUUGGAUUCUGUUCACAGUGGAGCCUUGACAAUUUGUUUCUUAAGGAUGGUCGUCAGUUCACCUAUGAGAAGGUCAACCUCACUAAUAUCAACGCCAUGCUGAACAGCAAUGACGUCAGCGAGUACCUCAAGAUUUCUCCCUCUGGACUAGAGGCUCGAUGUGACGCCUCGUCCUUUGAGAGCGUACGUUGUACGUUUUGCGUGGAUUCAGGCGUGUGGUACUAUGAGGUUACAGUCAUUACAUCAGGCGUGAUGCAAAUUGGAUGGGCCACCAAGGACAGCAAGUUCCUCAACCAUGAGGGAUACGGAAUUGGAGAUGAUGAAUACUCAUGUGCGUACGAUGGCUGCAGGCAGCUCAUCUGGUACAACGCUCGCAGUAAACCUCACUCUCACCCCUGCUGGAAAGAGGGAGAUGCCAUUGGCUUCUUGUUGGACCUCAGCAAGAAGCAGAUGAUCUUUUAUCUAAAUGGACAUCAGCUGCCACCAGAGAAACAGGUCUUCUCAUCAGCCACGUCGGGUUUCUUCGCUGCAGCCAGCUUUAUGUCAUACCAGCAGUGUGAGUUUAACUUUGGGGCCAAGCCUUUCCGUCACCCACCCUCUGUCAAGUUCAGCACCUUCAACGACUUUGCUUCACUGCUGCCCAGUGAAAAGAUCAUCCUACCCAGACAUCGCCGUCUGGCCUUACUAAAGCAGGUUAGCAUCCGAGACAACUGCUGCACACUGUGUUGUGACGUAAUGGCAGACACGGAGCUGCGGCCCUGUGGACAUGGUGGUAUGUGUAUGGAGUGUGCCUUACAGUUAGAGACGUGCCCCUUGUGCCGCCAGGACAUCCAGACCCGAGUAAGACUCAUUGCACAUGUCUCCUGACACACUUCCUGCCCCUCCACCAGUAAAGAGAGACACACAAGCCCAACAGCCUCCUCUUCUAAUCCCCUCCCACCAAAUGGGGCUGUGAGGAUGGUGCCACAAUUCUGUGAUGACGCCAGAACUGUGAGUUCUGGUCAGAGGAGACAACGACGGAGGGGUGGAGAGAAGAAAGAGAGGAAAUAAGAGGAGGGGAAUCGAACCACAGCUGGAUCCCUCAUUUACCUGUAUCUCCUCUUUUGUAUCCUUCUGACACAUGCUUGCAGAAGCUGGGCCAAGAAUCUUCAACUUGUGUGUUUGUAAGAUUUAAAAAAAUAUAUAAAAAGAGCAAGUGUGAGGAGCAGAAACUAUUUUACCAGAUUACAGACAUAACCAGCUUCUCAUCUGCAGCCCCUCCGUCAAGUUAUCACACAUCUUUUCAGAUACAACGAUCCCACUGCGCUUUCAGCACAGAGGCUACUUCUAUUUAAUCCUAUCACCCCCAUGCACACGUCUGCAAAUCUGAAAGGGCUGGUUAGCUGGAAAGAAUGCAGCCUGCAGUACAGUAUUAAACCUAAGGUACAGAUAAAUCCGAGAUGUAUCACACAUGUAAUGUUUUUUGUUAUAGAUAUUCAAAUUGUGUUGUUCUUGAGGUAGCAUCUUCAUUCUCUUUUCUCAAGGUUGUACCAAAACCUCUCCUUUUAAUCUGCUUCACUGUCUGUACUGAUCGAUCGCCCGGUGGAGGGUGUUUGCCAUCAGAAAUAUAUUCUAGAAUUGACUCUUUGUGUAAGAGAACUUCAAAUUUGCAGGAUUGUUCCUAGAGUGCAGUUUUCUGAUUUGAAUUUAUUUACAAAAGAUGGUAAAAAUCAAAUCAGUUGUGAAACAAGAGAUAAAUGAAAUUACAUAUUUCUUGUUUUACAAACAGUAAAAAAAAUACAUACUUGAAUCUGUAUUAGGACUAACUGAUUUUCAGCAUGGCUGACCCUGCUGCUUCUUGUGCUGUAGUCUUUGCUCAGAUGUUGAUCUUUACAUAUGUAUGUUGCAACCACAAGAAAAUAAAUACACAGGGAUUCAGAUUUACAGAGAGUUGAUCUGUAAAGGAAAUGUUUUUUCCCCCAAUUUUAAUAUUUGAGGAGCCAGUGUGAGGGAAGUCUGCUUCUGUGAACUUCCACCACCCACCUCUGAAUUUUUCAUGGAUUGCUUGGUUGCAGCAGUAUUACAAAGUCUUAAUUUUAGUUUGUGAUCACAAACACAUGCGUCUGUAUGAAGACGUUGUUUUCAAUCCACAAGAUGUGAUUUAAUUUUGUAUUGUAAAUGAUGGUGAGCUGAACACUGAUGUAGAAACUUGGCUGAAAAGUGCAGCAAAUCUUGUUGAUUGACAUUUUUUCAUCACCUGAUCAGUAAAUCUUCUAAAAAAA